AUGAAUCCGCCCAUCUCCACCCACGAUCCGAGCGUCUGGGAACGAAGUCCUGAUGAGAGCGUUACCGUCAGCGUCAACGGUGAUCGAGAGCGCGAGGGUGAAGCUGAUGCUGCGCCGAGGAAGAGGCGGAGAAAGUACAUUGCUAAGGCCUGCAACGCAUGCAGACAACGGAAGAUCAAGUGUAACGGGGAGCGACCGUGCCGCAGGUGUGGUCGGCAGAACAUAUCCUGCGUCUAUGAAAAUUCUCAUGAGCCUGGAGGAAAUGAGAAUAUUGGGAUCGAGCGGCUGUACGAGCAGAUGAAUGCCAUGCAGGCCCAGAUUAGUGCCCUUACCGCGUCUGUCCACUCGCUCGCCCAGAGUAAUGCAUCAGCUUCGAUGCCACGUUCCGAGGCUGGACCGCGACUACACAGGCGUAUCUCCAUGGCGUCAAAGGAAUUGACUUUCCAGGGUCCCACGACGUCGGGUUUUAGCUUCGAUCUUGCCAAGUCGAGUCUCAAGGAACGCGGAAUUGAAGUUGAGCGUAAUGAAGGCGACAUAACGCGGGAACCGUCGCCACUGCCGACUCCCCCAUCGCCAGGAUCCUGUCAUGUUGGGGAUCCACUAUGGAGUAUCAGCAAGACGGAAGCCCUCCGGCUGUGUCGAGUGUAUGAAGAGGAGAUGGGAGUCAUGUACCCGGUAGUGGAGCUUGAUCAGCUUCUACAUAAUGUCCAGUUGUUGUACGGACCGACAGAAACCGGGCCCUGGCUUCAAGCGCCUGCUCAUGCACAAGGCAUUGGGGAGUUGGACAGUGAUGACGUUCACAUCCUGCGAUUGGUAUUCGCGUGCGCUCUGACAGCAGAGGCGAGUGGGAGUAGUGAGUUAGCGAUGAGUUUGUUUGCGACUGUUCGAGAUGCUGCAGACCACUAUGUCUGGGCAGCCCCAGAGCUCAAAAGCAUUACGUUACUCGCGCUUGUGAUCGACGAGGAGACCCUUGCUUGGCGAACGAUCGGGAUUGUGGAACGAAUGUGCUUAGAGAAAGGUCUGCACCGAAGAGAAACACUCAAGCAUCCUGCUAUUAUGAAAGCAGGAAAGAACCGCGUGCUCAAGCUGUUUUGGUCGGUUCGGGUACUGGAUCUGAGGUGGAGCUUCGGAACGGGCAUGCCGUUUAGCAUGGAUGACUCUGAUAUCGACCCCUGGCUCCCAGAGCCAGAGGAGGAGGACUCAUACUUGCGCGUGAUGGUCCGGUAUAGUAGGAUAGCAGCUAAGGUCUGGAGGUUUAUAUCAGCCUUCAAUAACACCAACGAGCUCAAGAAGGACGAGAUGAACUACCUAGACUGGCAAGUCCUGCAGUGGGUUGCUGCUCUGCCAGACUCUUUGCGCCUGCGAAGUACCUCAGGCUAUGCAGAAGCCGAGACGCGAAGCCUCCGGCGACUCCGCUCCUUGGUGUACCUCCGGGCAAACCAGCUGCGGAUGCUCAUCCAUCGCCCUGUCCUACAUUCAGCAGCACAUAUGAUGCGCUUCCCAAACGAGACCCAGACCGUAGUCGACAUGGCCAAAGACUCAAUUCGUUUCAUAACGCAGCUCCACGCAUCGUCUGAUAUUUACCAGCUGCAGCAAGUGGUCUUCAACUGGUUCCUGGUGUCGGCAGUGAUGGCACUGUUCCUUGCUGUCGCCCAGAUACCCAGCCAGUACAGCGUAGCCUGCCGAGAAGAGUUUUAUAUGGCUCUUGAGCUAGUCAAAGGUGUCUCCGCGCGGUCGUACAUCUCACGACGGCUGUGGAAGUCGAUCAAAGGCCUUCGCCGGCUUGGCCCGCAGCUUAUGCAUCGACAAAGCGACGUUGAUGGUGCCACCACUGAAGGCCUCGCCGACCAUGCCGUAACGUCUAGCACCCAGAGUCAGACACCAGAUGGAGCCCAGAUGACGCAAGAGUUGAAGGAUUGGUUCGAAGCCGUUGGCAAUUUGGAAGAUCAGAUCAUGGGUGUCGGAUCGCUGGACAAUUUUCAGGGAGGAUAUAUGAUGGAUUACAGCAAUGGACUAUCGAGCAUGAUAAAUCAUUGCUUUUAG